CGUUCCUCGAGCCCCCGGCCCCUCCCGCGUCCGCCUUCUCCCCGAGGCGAGCGCCACCGCGCCGCCGACCCCCCGCAAGUGCGGGGCGAUGCGGGCGAGCGCACGGCGCCGCGCGGGGCGCUCUCUGCAAGGGGAAAGCUCGGGCGCCUCGGGCGCCGCGAAGCCGUGGCGAGGCGACGAAGCAACGCGAGGAGGAGUUGGAGGAGGAGGAGGAGAAAAAGAAGGAGAAGGAGGGUUGGCGAGCCAGCUCGCGCAAGCUGGUUUGCCCAGCGCCUCUGGGCUCUGGAGGCGCCAAUUGCACAUGGUAGUACCGAGGAUGGCGCCCAGCGGCGGGGCCGAGGUCAGCUGCGUGCGGCAGAGCUCGUAGCCCCCACUUCCCCGAUUCUCCCGUCUCGUCCGACCCGAGUGGCGCCGGCCAAGAGAAGCGCGCUGGAGGGGCGAGGCUUAGAAAGGCAGCCGCCGUGCAGCCAAGGUGCGCGUCAACCAGGCUCCGCCGUGGGCGAGGACACGCGAGGAGGAGGAGGAGGAGAAGGAGGAGGAAAAAAAGGAGGAGGAGGAGGAGGAGGAGGAGGAGGAGGAGGAGGAGGAGGAGGAGGAGGCGCGCCCGGCUUGAGGCAAGCCAGAGACACAUCUCGGCCUUAUCCUUCUCACUUCCCCCCUCGCUCGCCGCCGAAGUUGGCCUGGGACACCCACAGGCUGGGGCGGCGGCAACUCACAAACACAUCGAGCGGUGGCAAGCCAAGCCAGAGACACAUCAGCACCAGCCUGAUAGCAGAAGGCCUGACUGCCGGGCGAUCGCGCGGCGGCGUACUUGGCCUUAAAAUGCUCCACUACAGUCG